GGGGUCGCGGCGUGCGCGCGCCACUCUGUCGCUGUCGCUCUCAGUCGAUGGGCGUCCGCCGACCUGCCGGCCCGCAGCCAGCCUCCCGCGACACCCAAAACACCGCACGCGUUCAAAACAAAACACCGUGUUCGUUUCACUAGACACACUUCUAGACGAAAACGAGACAAUACUAGUGGUACCGGUGAUCAACAGCUGAUCGCCCGAACUGUUUUCGGCAAAUGACAACCGGCGAAUAGGUACCUAACACAAAGGGGGGCUACGAAGCUACCCUAUAGCUCGGACUACCCCGAGUUAUGCCAAACAUUGCGGCCCAGCACCAGUGAUCAGCAUCAGGAUGGCCACAGAAACGCAGGAGUACAUCAACGGCAUGAGGCCGGGCCCUCUUACCAGGGAGAUUCCCGAGUGCAUGAGGGACAAAUACACAGUGCUCCAGUCAAUCAUGGACUUAGUAGUGUUCGUAAUAUUCGCAAUAGGAACCGUGAUACAGGCCAUUUAUAGGACAAUAGUGGGAGUGCCUAAGAAGGACUUAAAAGGGAAAAUUGCCCUAGUGACCGGCGGCGGCGGAGGCCUGGGCAGCCUCAUUGCGUUGAGACUCUCCAGGCUGGGAUGCACCAUCGUGCUGUGGGACAUCAACAAACAAGGGUUGGAAGACACAGUAAAGCUGGUGAACGGCAUCGGCGGCAAGUGCUACGGGUACGUGGUCGACUUGGCCAAGAAGGAGGACAUCUACAGGGUUGCCAAGCAGGUGGAACAAGAAGUCGGCAGGGUGACCCUGCUGGUGAACAACGCGGGCGUCGUCUCCGGCCGCUACUUGCUGGACACGCCGGACCACCUCAUCCAGAGGACUUUCGAUGUCAACGUCUUGGCUCAUUUUUGGACCGUAAAGGCGUUCCUGCCAUCAAUGAUUCUGAACAACGACGGGCACAUCGUCACCAUCGCAUCCAUGGCCGGCUACGUAGGAGUGGCCAAACUGGUGGACUACUGUUCCUCCAAGGCCGCCGCCUGUGGCUUCGACGAGUCUCUCAAGCUAGAGCUCGAAUCCAAAGGCAUCAAGGGAGUCAGAACAUCGCUCAUCUGCCCAUUCUUCAUCAGGUCUACGGGGAUGUUCGACGAUGUUAACUCAAGGUUUCUACCUCAGCUGAGCUCAAACGACGUGGCCGACCGGGUGAUACUUGCCAUCCGCACCAACGAGCCUUUCGCAGUCAUACCUGGUUUCCUAAGGGUGCUACUGCCCUUUAAAUGGCUGGUGCCAUGGCAAGUGAUAGCCGACCUGAUCCGAAUUCUGGUGCCGGACGCGUCGCCCGCGCAUGCCUCGCCCGAGCCACCGACGCCCGAGCUGUCGCCGGUGCCCGAACCCGUCAAACUCGACUCCCGCCCCAUGACCCUAGUCCCACCAGCGAGACAUGACCGCCAAGUCUGAUAACAAUCCACCAACGGGUGCUAGCUGUACAAACCACGGUGGAACCUGGAACCACCACCAAAACAUUCCACUAGGAAAUUAAAAUCGACUGAAUUUCCAAAUUGGGUACUUAUAAAACAACCCGAAUUAACAUUAUGGGAUCCGCAUUUGUAAUGGGUGUCAGUAGAUAUAUUUGUACAAUAUGGGGAUUUACCGUAGCUAGUAAGUAGGUACUAUUAAAAAUAAAGCAUGGGGCCUUAAUGUUAUUAUAAUCGAUUAGUCUUCUCUGUUACUCGUAUACUUCGAUGACUCUUUGUUCCAAUUUGUAACUAAUAAUAUUGUGUAUAGUUUUGAAUUUGUUUAGAAGGGAAUAAGUUCUAAGACAAAUAGCUCAAGAUAUUAGUCAACGUAGAGAAAAAAUGUGUUUAUGUUACAUGCAUUCCAAAGCAAUGUUAAAGUGCUUAGUCGAAGUAAAAUAAGUAGAUUAUAGGUACCUAUAAACCAAACAUGUUAGUGUUUGUAUAAAUGUUUGUAACAAAUUAAGUCUUGGGAGGUAGUACAAAAUAAUGUUUCUAGAUCUGUCAUAUGGCCUUUGGAGUUUUUUAGCGGUUGUUUUAAUAUAUUUGAAUAAGUGUUAAUGUGAUAUGAAUUUUAUAAAUAUUUUAUACUAACUUUUGAGUAGGUAGGUAUUAUUUUGAAACCUUAAAGUCAUUUAGAUUACGACAGUGUUUAUUGUAAAGGUAAAUAAACUUUAUUAAAUCAUAUCACAAUAUAAAAACGGUUUCAAAAUAAUACUUAACUUAAUUAUUUAAGAUGUUACCUCUAAGAAGUCGAACAAAAAUAAUCCGACUCGAAAAGUUAUAAAACUUUACCAUUUGUAUGAGGAAAUCUAUUAAAUAAGUUUUAAGUCUUUAAAAAUUAUGCCUACAAUUGUUAUUUUAUCAAUUUUAUUUGAUU